CGCCACCAGCAACAUGGCGAAAGCGGAGCAGGUCCUGAGCCUCGACCCGCAGCACGAGCUCCGUUUCAAAGGUCCUUUCACAGAUGUUGUCACCACCAACCUGAAACUCGGAAAUCCUACAGACAGAAAUGUGUGCUUCAAAGUGAAGACUACUGCACCACGUAGAUACUGUGUAAGGCCUAACAGUGGAAUUAUUGAUGCAGGAACAUCAAUUAAUGUUUCUGUGAUGCUACAGCCUUUUGAUUAUGACCCUAACGAGAAAAGUAAACACAAGUUCAUGGUUCAGUCAAUGUUUGCUCCAGCUGAUACUUCAGAUAUGGAAGCAGUAUGGAAAGAAGCAAAACCAGAAGAACUCAUGGAUUCAAAACUUAGAUGUGUGUUUGAGCUACCAGCAGAAAAUGAUAAACCUCAUGAUGUAGAAAUAAAUAAAAUUGUAUCUACAACUGCAGCAAAGACAGAAUCCUCUGUAAUGUCUAAAUCAAUAAGUUCUUCCUUGGAUGACUCUGAAGUUAAGAAAGUAAAGGAAGACUAUAAGAGGCUUCAAGUAGAAGUUCAGAGGUUACGGGAGGAGAAUAAACAGUUUAAGGAAGAAGAUGGGCUGCGGAUGAGGAAGACCUCCCAGACGAACAACCCAGCUUCUGCCAUUACUACUGUCAAGGAGGAAGGGCUGAGCACUAGACUACUUGCUCUGAUUGUUUUGUUCUUUAUCCUUGGUGCAAUUUUAGGAAAAAUAGCCUUGUAGAGGCUGCAUGCUGAGGAUUGUACAUUGGUUUGAUGGUUCUGCCAUAUCAUUGGAUUAAAAUUAUUCAUAACAAUGUUUAAAAAAAAAUUAAUGUAUGACAUCUCACAGGUCUUGCCUUUUUAAAUUUACCCCUGCACAAAUAUAACAUAACAAUCUAGAAAGUUUAAAAUGUACAAUGAGUGAGUUGCAGAACGUUCUUAUGAGGAGGGAAAAAUCAUGAUUUAACACUACAAUGAAAUAUUGUAAAUGUCAUUUUAAACAUUCUUAGCCCUUGGUACAUGAUGCUGGAUUACCUCUUUUUUUUUUUAAACAAAGAAAAACCCCUUUUCUUCCACUGCUAGAGCUGGCCUUUCUGGAGGUGUGGCGCUGGGUUAGGUAGGAGGUGUUGAUAACUUCUGUAAAAUACGUUAAUCCACUGUUCUGCUCAUAAAUUUAACAGUUUUUGUCAGUGUCUUCAAAUCUGUGCAAGUUCCCAAUUUCUUGGCACUUAAAUGAAUAGUGAGAAGCUGAAAAGAAUUGUAUGUGGCAGCACUGAAUGUGCUAGGCAUCAUUAAGAGGCAUCUAUUGACUGGUAUGACACUCAUUUGGAAUAAAGGUCAAUUCCUUGUUCUCUUAACAGGACCAAGCUACAUUGCUGUGGGUUCAUUUAGUUGAAUUAAAAUGUUAUUCAGAGAUGUUUAAUGCAUAUUUAACUUAUUUAAUGUAUUUCAUCUCAUGUUUCCUUAUUGUCACAAAAUUGACUAAUACUAUGGUAUAAAAAGGCACCUGUUCUAAAGUCAAUGGAUAGAACUAAAAUGUUGCUGCUGUAGUGAUGCAGGAUCCUUCUGCCUCCUGAUGUUUUGGGCACUACAUAAUUGUCAGAGUUUUGAUCAUCUAAACAUUGGGGAAACAGUGGUCAGGAAAUCUUGUUUUUGUAUGUAAAUAAGUCUAUCUAGGGAAAAAAAUUAUUAGUAGUAAACUAGUUCUAUGCCGUAAAAUGACCAAUCCUGUUUGACUAUGUAGCAUCUUAAAAAAACAAAAAUUAAAUAAAGCCCCCAAAUUAAAGUUU